AUGUCACACAGGAAGUUCGAAGCCCCCCGCCACGGGUCUCUGGCAUUCUUGCCGCGAAAGCGCGCCGCCCGUCACCGGGGUAAGGUGAAGAGCUUCCCUAAGGAUGACCCCAAGAAGCCCGUCCACCUGACGGCCGCCAUGGGCUACAAGGCCGGUAUGACCACAAUCGUCCGCGAUCUCGACCGACCAGGUGCCAAGCUGCACAAGAAGGAGAUUGUCGAGGCCUGCACCGUCAUCGAGACUCCUCCCAUGAUCGCUGUCGGUCUUGUCGGCUACAUCGAGACUCCCCGUGGUCUCCGCUCGCUCACCACCGUCUGGGCUGAGCACUUGAGCGACGAGGUCAAGCGCCGCUUCUACCGCAACUGGUACAAGAGCAAGAAGAAGGCCUUCACCAAGUACGCCAAGAAGCACUCCGAGGAGAACGGCCAGUCCAUCACCAAGGAGCUCGAGCGCAUGAAGAAGUACUGCACCGUCAUCCGCGUUCUCGCCCACACCCAGAUCCACAAGACCCCGCUCAAGCAGAAGAAGGCCCAUCUCAUGGAGAUCCAGGUCAACGGUGGCAGCAUCGCCGACAAGGUCUCAUACGCCCACGGUCUGUUCGAGAAGCCCAUCGAGAUCGGCUCCAUCUUCGAGGACAACGAGAUGAUCGACGUUAUCGCCGUCACCAAGGGUCACGGAUACAACGGUGUCACCUCCCGAUGGGGCACCAAGAAGCUCCCGCGUAAGACACACAAGGGUCUCCGCAAGGUCGCCUGUAUCGGUGCCUGGCACCCGGCCCACGUCCAAUGGACUGUUGCCCGUGCUGGUCAGAUGGGUUACCACCACCGUACCUCCGUCAACCACAAGAUCUACCGUCUCGGCAAGGGCGAGGAUGAGGGUAACGCCUCCACCGAGUUCGACGUCUCCAAGAAGCGCAUCACACCAAUGGGUGGCUUCGUCCGCUACGGUGAGGUUAAGAACGACUUCCUCCUCCUCAAGGGUAACUGCCCUGGUGUCAAGAAGCGCGUCAUGACCCUGCGCAAGUCCAUGUUCACCCACACCAGCAGGAGGGCGCUGGAGAAGGUCGAGCUCAAGUGGAUCGACACCUCUUCCAAGUUCGGUCACGGUGCUUACCAGACACCGGCGGAGAAGAGGCAAUACGAGGGUGUCCUCAAGAAGGACCUCCAGACUUCGUCCUAG